CUGCUAAGUUUGAUACUUUGAAGCGGUGGACCAAAUAAGGAAAAUAAAGUUUAAGCUAUUGGCUGUUGCUGUCUCACGGAAGCAGAUAUGGCAAUCACUAGCACGUCCCGCUCCGAAUCACCGGACAUCCAAUCUCCACUCCUAAGCGACACCGUCGAAGCGUCCGUCGACUACAAAGGCCGCCCAGCCUAUAAAUCCAACUCCGGUGGCUGGAAUUCCGCCUUCUUCAUAAUUGGAGUGGAAGUUGCAGAGAGAUUCGCGUAUACCGGAAUAGAUUCGAACCUAAUUACGUAUUUGACGGGGCCGCUUGGUCAGUCGACAGCUACUGCAGCGGAGAAUGCGAACGCGUGGUCCGGAACGGCGUUAUUGCUGCCUCUGUUAGGUGGAUUUAUUGCAGAUUCUUUUCUCGGGAGAUACCACACCAUUCUUGUUGAGCAGAUAAUUAAGGCUACAGGACUUGGCUUGUUGGCUGCAUCGGCUAUACUCACUUCUCCCAGUGCUUCUGAUUGCCCAAACACUAAAAAUGACGCGUCUUGUUCUCCAUAUUCAAUUCAAGUCGUUUUAUUCUUCUUUUCUCUCUACUUGGUAGCACUUGGCCAAGGUGGACAAAAACCUUGUAUUCAGGCCUUUGGAGCAGAUCAGUUUGAUGGACAAGACCCAGAGGAGCAGAAAGCCAAAAGCUCAUUUUUCAAUUGGUUGUAUUUUGGCACUUGUGCUGGCAUCUUAGCAACACACCUAAUAUUAGUAUACAUCCAAGACAACCUUAACUGGUUUCUUGGAUUUGGAAUCCCAUGUAUUAUGAUGGUCAUUUCACUAUUCAUCUUCUUACUUGGAGCUAAGACAUAUCGUUAUAGUGUAAAAGUAGAAGAUAGAAGUGCAUUUUUGAGAAUUGGUCAGGUAUUUAUUGCAGCAAUUAGGAAUUGGCGAACUUCCCCUUCUGCAGUAGAUUUAGAGGAAGAAGCUUGUGGAACACCACCUCACUCUAGUUCAGAGCAAUUCAAGUUCCUAAACAGAGCCCUGCUUGCACCAAGUGGCUCAAAGGAAGAUGUGAAGGUGUGUAGCCUUGGUGAAGUUGAAGAAGCUAAGGCAGUACUUAGGCUUGUUCCAAUAUGGGCUACAAGCUUGCUAUAUGCUGUUGUGUUUGCACAAUCCACAACUUUCUUUACUAAGCAAGGAAAAACUAUGGACAGGUCCAUUACAAAGGGUUUCGCCAUACCACCAGCUUCACUUCAAUCUUUUAGCACCAUUGCUAGUGUUUUAUUCGUUCCAAUCUAUGACCGUGUCUUUGUUCCUGUUGCAAGGGCUUUAACUAGGAAAACUUCUGGCAUUACAAUGCUUCAGAGGAUUGGAAUUGGGAUGGCUUUAUCUUCUCUCUCUCUGGUAAUUUGUGCCCUGGUUGAGAUGAAGAGGCUCGAAAUUGCUCGAGAAUAUGGAUUGGUCGAUAUGCCAAAUGUGACAGUUCCGAUGAGCGUGUGGUGGUUAGUUCCUCAGUACGUCUUGUUUGGAGUAUCUGAUGUGUUUACGAUGGUUGGUCUGCAAGAAUUCUUCUAUGAUCAAGUACCUAGUGAAUUAAGAAGCGUAGGCCUUUCUCUCUACCUUAGCAUUUUUGGUGUAGGAAGCUAUAUAAGCAGCUUUCUUGUCUCUGCUAUUGAGAAAGCCACUGGUGGGGAAGGCCGUGACAGUUGGUUCGCUAAUAAUAUGAAUCGAGGGCAUCUCGAUUAUUUCUAUUGGCUACUUGCAGGUAUGAGCACAGUACAAUUGCUUGCUUACUUCUAUUUUGCUAAAAGUUAUGUCUAUAAAUCGACGGCUUCUUCCGAUGAAUCGUAAUGUAAUAUAAUCAAAUGCAAUGUAUAUUUUAAAAAUACAUUUGAUUAUAGCGCAUUUACAUUUUAUUACAACAUAUAAAAUGAAGCAUUAAUGUGAAUGCAACAUUGUAAAUACGAUACUUCUGUUGUACUAUUGCAAUUGUUAUAUGCUAUGGCAGGGAAAAAAUAAGAGGAGAAUGUACAGAUAAGUAAUUACUUGUACGAUAAUGUAAUUUUAAUUCAUUUGUAUUCAAUUAAUAAUUUACUAUUAUAUGCUUAGACAUUAUAUUACAUUUCA